GCCGCCAUCGGCCCCGCCCGGCCAUGCAGCGGGGGGGGCCCCCCGAGGUGACAUUCGAGGAGGUGGCCGUGCGCUUCUGCCCCGAGGAGUGGGCGCAGCUGGCGCCCUGGCAGCGGGCGCUGCACCGCGAGGUCAUGGGCGACAACUACGACCUGGUGGCCAGCCUGGACCCCAACUCCAAGCUCCCCGCCAUGAAGGAGGAGUCGCACGGGGGGGUUCCCUGCGCGGGGGGGAGCAGCGGCGAUACCGACACCACCGACAGCACAGGUGCCUGGAGCGGCUCUGACAGCAAGGAUGGCGCCGGGGGACGCUGGCAGGUGGGGCGCGGUGUCCCCCGCUCCGGCUGCCGUGACCCCGCGCCGGGGGGCCGUGCCGGGGCGCUCCCCCGGCCGGUGCCGGUGCCGCCGGGGCUCCUCGGCGGCGGGCCGAGCGGCGGGGCCGCGGGCCGGCCGUACCUGUGCGGCACCUGCGGCGUGUCCUUCCGGCACCGCCGCAGCCUCCUGGCGCACAAGAAGCUGCGCCGGGGGAACCGGGCCCGGCACGGCUGCCCCGAGUGCGGCCGCGGCUUCUGCCUGCGCGGGGACCUGCUGCGGCACCGCGACGCGCACCGGGCGCGGCCCCCGGGCCCCCGCAGCCGCCCGGGAGCGGCGGCGCCGGGCGAGGAGCGGCCCUUCGUGUGCGGGCGCUGCGGGCGCGGCUUCAGCUGGAGGGAGAGCCUGGAGCUGCACCUGCGGGGCCACCGCGCCCGCCCGUGCCACCCGUGCCCCGAGUGCGGCCGCGUGUUCCCGCACCGCGGGCACCUCUGGCUGCACCGCCGGGCGCACUCGGGCCGCCGGCCCUUCCCCUGCGCCCGCUGCGGCCGCGCCUUCGCCUCGCAGGCCAACCUCAGCUCCCACCGCAGGACACGCCGGACCUGCCGGCCCCGCGGCCUGCGACCCCGCGGGGACGGCGACGGGGACAGGGACAGGGACCGCCGCGGGGACGGGGACAGGGACAGGGACAGCCACAGGGACAGGGACAGCCACAGGGACAGGGACCCCCGCGGGGACGGGGACCCACUCAGGGAUAGGGACCUGGAUAGGGACCCCUGCGGGGACAGAGACAGGGACUCCUGUGGGGACAGAGACAGAGACAGGGACCCCCGUGGGCACAGGGACCCCUGUGGGGACAGGGACAAAGACCCCCGUGGGCACGGGGACUUGCUCAGGGACAGGGAUGGGAAUGGGGAUAGGGGUAGGGAUGGAGAUGGGGAUGGGGACAGGGAUAGGGACCCCCGUGGGCAUGGGGACCUGCUCAGGGACAGGGACAGGGAGCCCUGUGGGGACAGGGACCCGCUCAGGGACGGGGACCUGCUCCAUGAGAGGCACCCCCGCAGGGAUGGGGCCAUGCCUGGGGACAGGGACCCCCUCGAGCCCAGGGACGCGCUCGGGGCUGGGGAGCCCCUCAGGGACAGGGAGCUCCCGGCGGGUGACCCGCGGUAGCCGCGGGAGCGGGGUCACCCCGGUGCCCUGCUGGUGUGACCUCGCCGGUGCCGCGGCCACCCCGGGGCCACGAGCCCCCGGAGGCUUCUGGAGCCCAGGGACUUCUCCAUGUCCCUUUAGACUGGGAAAUCCCCCCGGGAUGUGUCUCCGUGUUCCCUUUGGAUCUCGAAGUACGUGGGAUGUUUCCCCAUGUCCCCCCGGACCUUGGCAAAUCCCUCGGGGACGUUUCUCCGUGUGCCUUUCGCAUCUCGGGCAGUCUCUCCAGGACACUUCUCCGUGUCCCCUUGGACCUUGAGAUGUCCUGCAACGCUUCCCAGUUCUCCCAGACGCUGGGAGAUCCCUCUGGGAUGGUUUCCGUGUUACCUCUGCGCCUGGCAGAAUGCCCCACCGCUGCUGCUCCGUGUCCCCCGGGACCUGGAAGUAUCUUCGGACCUUGGAAAAUCCCUCUGGGAUGGUUCUCCGCGUUCUCUUCAGAUGCUGAAGUACCUUUGGGUCCUGGAAUUUCCCUCAGGGGCAUUUCCCGGUCCCGUGUUUGUGUUUGAAGCCAGAAGUGUUUGUGUUUGAAGCCAGAAAUUUCUUUCAGUCUAUUUAUUUUAUUUUUUUCUCUGUCAUUUAUGAUUCUUUCUGCUAUAUUUUAUUCUAUUUAAGUUAUUCCAGUUGUUGUCUUCUGCUUAGCCCGGUUCUCCUCCUCCAUUCUGUUCUUCCGAUUCCAUUUAAUUCUAUUUAUUUCUAUUCUAUUUAUUCCCUUUAAUGAGGAGGAAGGGCAGGGAGGGAGGAAGAGGAAGGGAGGGAGGGAGGAAGAGGAAGGGAGGGAGGGAGGGGAGGAAGGAGACUCUUCUGGGCUCUUUGUGGUGGUUGAACCAUGGCAGGGCUCUUGUGGCAGCAGGAGCCACCCAGUGUCCCCGCAGUGUCCCCCCUCCCCUAAAUAAACAAACGCCAAAAAUCGCA